AUGAGGAACUCCGAAAGAAUAAAUAGAAUAGCCUACACUUUGUGCAUUUGUAAUUGGAUUAUUGGACUGGGCGUUAUUCAAUAUCCACUAGGCAAUCGCCGUUCAACACUUAGCUUAGUAUAUUCGUCAAUGUGGGUCAUAAGUUACUGCUCAAUCUGUGCUGUGGCAUAUCCGCACAUGAUGAACUGGUCUGCCGAUAAGGGCACAUUGGCAGUGACUUUGCAGCUUCUCUUUUGUUCAAAAAUUGUCCUUACCGUUGGCGUGAUUGUACUUGCGCGGUUUCGCAGCGAGGGUACGUUCAAGAGCAUAAAAGAGGCAAUUAUGGUGAACGACCUGAUAGAACGUAUAAGUGUCAAUAUUAGUGAUAAAAAGAUGAGAAUAGCUUACGUAGGUAAAUUGACAACGUACGCAAUACUCGUCACCGCUUCCGUAACAGUUUAUGCUCUUUCGAUAACCACGAAACCAGCACCAUUGUAUGCAAAAAUCUCGGCUGGAAUAACACUUAGCUAUCCUGUGGUUAUAAUUGUCGUUGGUCGUAAAUAUCAGAUCUUAAACGAAUCUUUGAAAGGCAUCCUGACUAAUGAACCUGAUGCAUCAAGACAUAAACGUUUGGUAAAUUAUCUAACAAAUGAAGAUCAUAAAUUAACUCUCGAUGUAAUCAGCCAUACUGUCAAUAACCCAACAAGCUUAAUAAAAUUAGCAAAGACUAUUCAUUUACAUUUAACAAAAGUGUGCGAAGAAAUAAAUGAUACAUACGGGCUACAAAUAUUGCUCUCAAUUAUUGUCGCAUUUGUUGUCAUAACUGGAAACGUAUACAUAUCUUAUAUUUUACUGCAGGACGGUUAUAAAAAAAGACAUUUAGCAUUAAAAGCAAUUGCCAAUUCGGCAGUAUGGAUCCUCUAUUACGCUAUCAAAAUUUCUAAUUUUACUCGAGCUUGUAGUCAAUGUAAACAACAUUCCAUCGAAACGGGAGAUCUGUUGAACAAAUAUUACGAUGAUCCAUUCGCCAAUGAGGAAGUUCAAAGUGAAAUAAGGGAUUUCAACAUGCAACUGAUACAAAGGCCAGUAAACUUUACAGCUGCAGGAUACAUUGCGCUUAAUACGCAUCUUAUGCAGAUUAUGGUGUCUACGAUUACAACUUAUUUAAUGAUUUUAAUUGAACUUGGGAAAGUGCACUAGGAAUAGCAUCCAGCAGCCAAUAUUAGCGAGGUUUCAGCGAAAGAUAUCGGAAGGUCGCUUAAACGACAUACGUACAUUAGAGUAAAAUUACAUGAACAGGAAUUUUCAUUUAUUAAUAAGACGUAAGAAUUUGCAAUAAAUGUUCCUACCAUAAAAAAGCGAAAUUAUA